AUGUUGUAUACUUUGAAUUCCAAUGAAAUAUUAAAUCACACGCAAUUCCGGAAAUCCUUGUUGAAGUUCAACGACGAGCAUCUAACUGGAGUGUUGUACAAUGCAACUCACGUUAACAAUUACAAAAUAAAGCCAUUCAACAGCUCCAUAUACUACGGAUGUUACUCUAUUGAGGAAUAUGAUGACAUCAACGACACGCAUAGAUUUCCACAGCAUUGUUACGAUGGAAUUCUUCCUGCCAUUUAUACACCUGCCUAUUUUGAAAGUUCUAGAGUAGGAAGCGAAAACUGUGAUAGAAAAAUGCCAGAUAUAGCUAUUCCAAGAAAUAAUUUCAUCUAUUUUGAAAUUAAAAAAUCAUUUUUUUCUACUUGCUCCUUUUGGUUUUUGCCAGUGUUUGAACCAGUUUUAAAAAACGGCUUAGAAAAUGGUGAUUUGAUAUAUAAAUGUUUUGUUCAAUGGGCUGUUUGGCAGCUUGGCUGUUUCACUUCUGUUUAUUGGGAAAGUUAUUUGACCCGUGAAUUUUCUGCAUUAAAUGUUUCUUCAGAAUGCUAUGAGGCAGUAAAAGAAUUCACGCCUUGCCAAAAUCUGAUAAUCGAUGAACAUUGUUUUUUGGAAAAUUCCAAAAAAAUUCUUUCUGAUGUUUCUGUUAAAAAUUUAUUCAACUGGAUAAAUGUACUAAACAAAAUUAAUUUCAAACCAAAGCAAAUGAACUCCACUAAAGAGUGCUUAGUAAACUCGUCUUUGAUUUUGCAUCCGGUCCGGCAGCAAGUUAUUAAGAAUUCUGUGGAGUAUCACAUUGCAAAUGUUAACAUCAGUCAAAGUUAUUACAUAAAAACAUGUUCUGAAAAUGAUUCUCCAUCUAUCAUUCCAAAAAACUUAAUUAAUCUAUCUAAACCAUGGAUUCAACAACCCAAUGUGUUACUCUUGAUUGUUUUCAAUUAUCCGCAUCCUGAAGUUAUUCCAUUGCUAGAGAUAAUACACAGACCAAUUUAUCCAUACAUUCUUUACUGCGGGUUUGAAAUGUUAAAACAAAAUCUAAUAUUUAAUUACAGAAUAAGUUUUGCAACAUAUUUUCAACAACACGGACAAACUGCUGGAUCUCUUAAUUAUCAAUGUAUUUUGAAGGCCAUGAGAAUGGGAUAUGAUAUAGACGGGAUAUUUUUAAUAGCAGAUGAUGUUUAUAUUAAGACAGAACUUUCUAAAUUAAAUAUCGAAAAAAAUAAAUUUUUCCGAAUUGGACUUGUAGGAGAUUUAAAAUUUAUGAAACAAUGUAGUCCUCCUUCAAUUGAUUGUUCUCUCCCAAUGAUUUGGUAUCGUUGGGGUGGAUUUGGCGGUAGUCUGCACACCAUUUUGUCCGAAUGGAGAGAACUUGGUGAAAAAUAUCCUGAAUUGAAAAUUGCGCGUGAAAGGUUACAAAAUUUUACAAAAGCAGAAAUGAGAAUGUGGGGAAGCACGGCUGAUAUUGGUUAUUUGUCAAAAACAUAUUUUAAAACUGCUUACAAAAUGCUUCACAUGUUCGCGAAACACCAAGUAUUUUUAGAAAUAGCGCUUCCGACAACCUUAACCAGUAUAACCAAAAAGUGA